UCUUCUCUUGGCCCUGGUUCACUUCGCCCGCCCCUUCCCUCUCGCUUCGCAAUAAUCCCAUAUAUUUCCCCUCGGGCUUAUUAUUAUUUUUAUUAUCGCCCAAUUCCCACCUCGCUCUAAUUCUUUUUCAAAUCGAUCACAGGAGCGAAACCCCUCCCCCUUUUAAACCCCAACAUCUCAUCCGAUCUAAAUGGCUUUCCACAUCGCUUGCCCCAUCACUUGCCGGCGGAUUUGCGACUGCGAGCUCGGAUUCCCGGCGGGGCUGCGCGGGGAGGCGGGGAAGGGCGCGUUCUUGGAUGAGAUCGACGCGCUCGAGGAGUUCUUGAGUGACCCGUGGACCGUCCGGCCAGACGCCGCCGAGAGGGAGGAGGAGGAGACGGUCCAGGUAUGGGUGCCUCGCGUGUCGCCGGCCGUUGCCGUGCCCUCCGCGGCCGUGGACGACAGGGGCGCCGGCGUAGGCGACGAGGUGAAGCGGGCGUUGCUGCAGCGACAGGCGCUGGCUGCUUCCCUGGCGGCAGAGGACUAUGUCCGGAGGUUGGAGGCUGGGGGUACUGCGGAGUUACUAGGAGAGGCAACUAGCAAUCUUGCUAGGGAUGAUCAAGGGGUUUCUACCGUCAAGGUCAUGUGCCGUAUUUGUUUCUCUGGGGAAAUUGAGGGAAGUGAGAAAGCUAUGAAGAUGCUAUUGUGCAAAUCAUGCAACAGGAAAUACCACAGAAGUUGCUUGAAAACAUUGGUUGAACAUAGAGAUCUAUUUCAUUGGAGUUUGUGGUCUUGCCCUGCGUGCCGCAUCUGUGAGGUCUGCCGAAGAACUGGUGAUCCCAAUAAACUGAUGUAUUGUAAAAGGUGCGAUGGCGCUUAUCAUUGCUACUGUCAGCACCCACCACACAAGAAUGUGAGCCGUGGACCUUACUUGUGUCCAAAGCACACAAGAUGUCACAGCUGUGGGUCCACCGUUUCAGGAAGUGGUCUUAGCACAAGGUGGUUUUUAGGCUAUACCUGUUGUGAUGCUUGUGGUAGAUUGUUUGUGAAAGGAAACUACUGUCCAAUCUGUUUGAAGGUUCUCAGGAAUCCGGAGUGCCUUGCUGAAGGUGUGGAGUGCAUUUCAUGCAAGAUGAUUUUGCUGCAAGGGGAGUCA